AUGAGUCAUCUAUUGUGGAAAUACUACUGGGAAAAUGAUGUCGACAGGUUUCGACGUCUGCUGGCACCGACUUGUCCCCUUCCCCAGCUGGUCACGAGAAGCCCAUGCGGAGGAGCAAGCAGCGGUGCACUUCCAGGCUCGAGCCCUGGAGCUGCGUCCUCGUCUCCCCGAACGACCCCGAAAUCGCGCAAGGCAUCGGCGCAUGCGCCAGGAGGCUUCUUGAGCAAUAAACUCAAGGACGGUGGAGCCAGCCUUAGCCGCAGCGAAAUCAACAGCCGCGACCAUGCCGGCCUGACGCUUCUCCUUCGCGCCGCCUCAUCAACCCACCCGAGCGCCAAGGAUUUUGUUGAAGCCCUCCUCAACCAUCCUGCAGUCGACCUCCAUGUCCAAGAUCCAGAGAGCGGCUGGAACGCCCUCCACCGAUCGCUUUAUUCGGGCAACGUCUCCAUUGCUCGAAUGCUCCUCGCAAAAGAGCGCAUCGAUCUGACCAGCCAUACCAGCAGCCAGUCUGCAGUUGGAAAAGUAGGACAGCUUAUCAAAACCAAGGACCAUGAGGGAAACAGCCCCUUUGAUGUUUAUAAUUCCACCAUCGCUGCGCGGUCUCUCAAAGGAACUGAUACAGCUAAGCGAUUUGAUGACGAGUCUGACUACGAAGACCGUGACGACUGUGAAUUCGCCAACUUGACUGCCAACAUCGCGUCUGGUGUCGUUCCAACGGUCAGCGGACACGAAUUUUACAUGUUUGGAAGUAAUAAGAAUUUGUCUCUUGGGGUUGGUGAUGAGAACGACCGCCAGUAUCCAGAACGAAUCACCCUUCAGCGUUCCGACAAGCUGAUGUCCCGCUUCUACGAGAUGUACUUGGCUGAUCGAGGCAUCGAGUUGCCCUCUACGCCGCCCGCCCUUUACGAUAUACCCACGCUUAUUAGAUGCCCUCCGCUGAUCAUUCGGGAUGUCGCCAUGUCGAAACUGCACACCGCCGUCUUGACAGAUGAUCCAGUGUCCAAUCUGUACAUUUGCGGCGUCGGCCGUGGGGGAAGACUCGGCUUGGGUGACGAGAAUUCGCAGUUCAAGUUUGUGCCUGUCGAGGGACCCUUUGAGGACCGCAAAAUCCAUCGGGUUGCGCUUGGACAGAAUCACUCCAUGGCUGUCACGGAAGACGGGGAAUUGUGGACGUGGGGCCUCAAUUCUGACUGCCAGUUGGGUUAUGCGCUGCCGCCCUUGAUGAGAUUGGACGAGGAGCCAAUGAGUCUGGCUCCGCGACAGGUCUUUGGCCCCUUGAAGAAGGAACUCGUACAAGGUGUGGCUGCUUCUUCCGUCCAUUCUGUCGCUCACACGGCGUCGUCUCUCUACUGCUGGGGUCGUAACCUCGGCCAGCUGGCGCUCAUGGACGCAGACUCUAGGUCGCUGGAUGUUCAACCCACACCGCGAAAGGUUGCUGCGUCCUUGCUAUCGACCCCCAUAGAAAUGGUUUCGGCCAUUGACAAGGCCACUACAUGCUUGCUGGGAAAUCACACAGUCUGGGUCUUCACCAACUACGGGUAUAACCUGGUUAAGUUUCCUUAUCCUGACGUGUUUCGUAACCACAAUCUCUCGGCCACCUCGUGCUCCUCUCGUCAACACAGCAAAUCGAGACACUGCAAUAUCAAGUCUGUCGCGUCGGGCGGCGACACGAUUGCUGCGGUCACAGCUCGUGGAGACCUCUUCACCAUGCAGCUGAACAACAAGCUGGAGAAUCACCAGGCCGCUGGCUCCACAACAAACCCCGUCAAGAUCAAAAGCGCGUUGACGCAGCCAAAACGCGUUUGGGAUUCGCGCAAGGACGGCGUUGCUUGCGUGAGUGUGGGCGAAUGCGGCUCCGUCAUCAUAUGUACUCAGACAGGAGCCGUUUGGAAGCGAGUGAAGCGCGCCAAAGGCAAGAUUGCGUCGUCGUCGAAUCCUGCCGACAGCAAAAAGAAGGACUUCAAGUUUGAACGUGUUCCGUACAUAACGGAUUGCGUUGCAGUCCGCAGCUCAACGUUUGGCGCGUUCGGCGCUAUUCGCAAGGAUAGUAGAGUCAUGUCCACUGAUAUCGGUAUAACGGCUCCGUCUCUCUGGGACGACAUCGGCUCUCUGCUGUGCUUGAACGACUUUGAAGCGUCCACCCUCGCCCCGGACGGUGCUUUGGGGAGCGGCUGGAAUGCCGCCAUCGCACGAGAACAACCCGGUUCAGUUCCACAUGAAAUCUUGAGGUCAUUCGACGUCGAACAAGACCUUCUGCAAUGGAUAUCAGAAAACUCUCCGCGGUUUCACGAACUCAACAUGGAGGUCAGAACAUCGUUGAAUCCAGAUCUCAAACUUCCAGUUCACGGCUGGCUGUUGGCAGGCCGGAGCCGCGUCCUUCGCGAGGCACUUGCGGAAUACAGAAUCAAGGGAUGCACCGAUGCUCAUCCAGACGCCAUCUCAAUCGAGCGAGCCGGAAACAGGGCUCUUGUCACAUUUGUCGGCAUUGACAUCUACACCUUGCUAAACAUCAUUGUGUAUACGUACACGGACGCCAUAGUUCCCGUUUGGCGAUACAUGCGGGAAGCGCCGUCGCUCGCACAUCGAUUCCGCCAAGUCAGAUUGGAGUUGAUGAAGCUUGGAACGAGGUUAGAGAUGCCGAAACUCGAAGCAGCAGCUCGGUUGCAAGCCGGCGUAGAGCCGUCAUUGGACGUCAACUUGCGGGACGCCGUCGCAGACCCAGCGUUCUUUGACGAUGCCGACGUGGUCAUUGAGCUGGAUGGAGAUUGCAUUCUAGCUCACAGUCAACUGAUUUGCCAGCGUUGCCCUUUCUUUGAGGGCAUGUUUCGCGGACGAUCCCAGGGGCAGUGGCUGGCAUGCCGCCGCGACCCGUCGCUUCAACCGGAGCCAGAGCUGGUGCGAGCCCAUCUCGAGCACAUCGCCCCCGAGACAUUCCAUUACGUCAUGGAGUACUUGUACACAGACGCGGGGGUGGGGAUAUUCGAUGAUGUCUGCACGGGCAGUCUGGACGAGUUCUCGGAGCUUGUUCUCGAUGUGAUGGGUGUGGCGAACGAGCUCAUGUUGGAUCGGCUGUCCGAGAUUUGCCAGUGCCUUGUGGGCAAGUUUGUCACAACGAGGAAUGUCGCCAACCUCUUGAACGAAAUCAGCCCUUGCUCAGUGACCAAGUUCAGGGAUGUGGGACUGGAGUACGUCUGCCUACAGCUGGAGACGAUGCUUGAAAACAGCCAUCUGGACGGCUUGGAGGAUGAUCUUUUGGAGGAGCUCGAUCAAGUCGUGCGGAACAACCAGCUUGCCCGUUUCCCGAUUGUCCGCAGCGGGCGUGCCGAGCUGCUUCUCCACGAGCGGUAUCCAGACCUGGCUCUCGACGUCGAGGAGGAGCGUCGACGCAGAGCCAGGGAGAUGGCUUUCAGGCACUCUCAAAGGGAAGAGGACAAGAAGACGGCUGGUUCGUACAAGACCCGGUUUGGGAGUCUGGAUGAGAUCGCCGCAUCCACCCCGGACAAGCAUCGCCGCAAAUCCAAAGCCAGCCGCAACGAGCCCUUCAGCCCCACCAUACGACCCCGGGACUCGCAUCCCGACCUGAUAUUCAACAUGGAUGACGACGAACGUCCCAGGACGGCUGCCUCGAUCCCGCAGGAAACACUGGCUACCGGAAGCGGUGGCAACGAAAGCAACCUGGACAGCAUGCCCACCCGAUUGCCGGAACGUUUGCGCGCCGUCGGGUCAAGCUCGCACAUGACGCCGGGGGGGCAGCCAAGCCGCGGUCGAGACUCGCCUCGUCCCUUUCAAGGGCCGGGUGGCGAUCAGCGUGUCCAGGCCAUCAGCCAGCCUUCGCCGACCGCUCCGCCGGCAAGGGCCAGCAACGGUCCAUGGGCGUCCUCGGCAAUGCCCCCCCUGAAGCUGGACUUGAAGAAUAUCAUGCAGGAGGCUUCCUCUUCGACAUCUGCUCUCACUGCCGGCCUAGCAUCCCAAGCCGACAAGCUCGCCGCAUCAAACAGGCCGCAGGCAAAGAUGUCGCAGAAACUACGCAAAAGACAGCAGAUGCUGCUGCAGGCGGAAGCCCAGGCUGCUGCCGAGAAGGAAAAGGCGACCGCGGCACCGUGGGAAACGGUCGAUUCCGCUGCUCGGCCGGCGCCUUGGAGAGCCGCAACCGCAGCCCCAGCCCCAGCCCCAGCCGCGUCAGCAAAGGCGUCCCUGAAGGGCGCGAUCCAGCCUUGCCGCGGAGAGACGGCACUCUUUGCGAAACCACUCGUUGCGGCGGAAGCCAAUGCCCAGGUUUCAAAACGGAGAACAGCCUCCCCAGACACGCGCUUCUCAGGCCAAGGGCGAGCGAACAGUUUGCCCGUCGAGCCCAACGGCCCGUCGUCAUCGCCGUCGCCAUCGCCAUCGCAGCCAAAGGGCAAACGGCCGCCCCUGGUACCACAUUCAAGGUCGUAUAUCAAACCAGAGCCCAAGGUUGAAGAAGCAGCCCUCGGAAGAAGCAGCAUGGCCGACAUCAUCGGGCAGCAGAAGCUGGAGCAGCUACGUGUCAAGGAAGCCGUGGCCAAGAGAUCCCUGCAGGAGAUCCAGGAAGAGCAGGCGUUUCAGGAGUGGUGGGACCAAGAGAGCCGCCGAACACAGGAGGAGGAGGCGGGAAGGCUGGCUCGAGCAAAGGACAAGGACCAAGCCGCUGCCAAUCGACGCGGAAGAAAAGGGAGAGGAAGAAGGCCGAUGGCGAGGGCACGUUCUGGGAGCGGUUGA